AAUGUAGUUCAAAAUUGAGAUGAAGAACACAAAAGGAGAAAAGCUAUCGGCUGGCUCUGAGCAAGGGCACUUUGUUUAAUGAGUGAAGACAAUAUUCUUACAUAAACGGCUAUAAAGUGCGUUCACAAGUUGAACAUGCUAAGAAACUCAUAAGUCUCAGCCUCUCAGAUAAGAAAAGGGCAUGGAGUGGAACUGGAAUCAUGUUAUUUGGCUGGCGUUGAUAAGUUUGGUUUCACUUGUUUGGCACUUGAAGAAUAGACGCGGACGUUCUAAACUCCCCCCUGGUCCUAAGGGCUGGCCACUUAUCGGCAAUCUUCUUGAACUUGGAAGCUUGCCACAUAGGAGACUGGAAGCUCUUAAAAAGGACUAUGGUCCUGUUGUGUGGUUGAAUAUAGGUCCUAUCAAGACCAUGGUGAUUCUCUCUGCUGGUGCAGCCGAAGAGUUGUUCAAGAAUCACGACAUCAACUUUGCUGACCGGUUUGGAAACGACUCAAUGAGAUCACAUGAUUACUACAUGAGCUCUAUGGCUGUAGGUGCAUAUACCAGCUACUGGCGCACUUUGAGGAAAAUAUGUACUGUCGAGCUCUUCACUAAUAAGAGAAUCAAUGAAACGGUUUUAGUUAGGAGAAGAUCCGUGGAUGAGCUGCUGGUGUGGAUAGAAAAGGAAGCAGACAAAGGUGCAAGUGAUGGAAUUGAAGUUAUCAGCUUUGUGUUUGCAGCAUUGUUUAAUAUGGUGGGGAAUCUCACGCUGUCUCGGGAUUUGGUGGAUCCAUAUUCGACGAUAUCCUCUGAAUUUUGCGACACUUUGUCAGGAUUCCAUCAGUGUCUGCUCCAUCCUAAUAUUUCUGAUUUGUUUCCCUGGCUAAGUAGGUUUGACCUGCAAGGAAUAAGGAGGAGAAUGGACGGAUAUUUAGGCAAAGCCAUAGAAAUAAUCUCCGGAUUUGUGAAGGAGCGUGUGAAAGAGAGACAAAAAACGCAGAAAUUAUCAUCAGAGCAAAAGAAGGACUUCUUGGAUGUGCUGUUAGAUUAUAGGGGAACCGGAAGGGAUGAACUAGAUUCACUAUCAGAGCACCAAGUCACAAUUUUCCUAAUGGAAAUGUUCAUUGCUGGAACACACACGUCAAGCACCACGACUGAGUGGGCGCUGAGUGAGCUCUUGCAGAAUCCUGAUCAAAUGAAGAAGGUUAAAGCCGAGCUUGCUAGAGUCGUUGGAGCCAAGACUAGACUACAAGAGAGUGACAUUGAUAAUCUCCCUUACUUGCAAGCAAUUAUGGAGGAAACGCUACGCCUCCAUCCUCCAGCUCCAAUUUUACUUCCAAGAAAGGCGGCUCAAGAUACCACUUUCAUGGGCUAUAACAUCCCGAAAAAUACACAAGUUCUAGUCAAUAGCUGGGCAAUUGGAAGAGAUGAGGAGAAUUGGAAGGAUGCUUUGUCAUUUAGGCCUGAAAGGUUUCUCAACUCGAAUAUUAAUUCCAAGGGUCAGAACUACGAGCUUUUACCAUUUGGCGCUGGGAGGAGGAUUUGUCCGGGCAUUCCAUUAGCUCAUCGCAUGGUGCCCUUAGUCCUCGGCUCCCUGCUUCACCAUUUUGAGUGGGAGCUUUGUGAUGGUCUGAAGAAGAUAGACAUGACGGAGACGUUGGGGGCAACUGCAACUAAACGAGAACUCUUGCGUGCAAUCCCAAAGCUCAAGACAAUAAAUUGUGUCAUGGAGUGGAACUGGAACUAUGUCAUAUGGUCCGCAUUGAUAUGUUUGAUUUCACUUGUUUGGAGCUUGAGGAAGAAUAGUUACAGACGUUCAAAGCUCCCUCCUGGCCCUAAGGGCUGGCCAUUGUUCGGAAAUCUUUUUGAUCUUGGAAGCUUGCCUCACAGGAGUUUGGAAGCACUAAAACAGGACUAUGGUCCUGUUGUGUGGUUAGAUCUUGGCAGCGUCAAGACCAUGGUGCUUCUUUCUGCUGCCCCUGUCGAAGAGUUAUUCAAGAGUCAUGAUCUCUCCUUCAUCAACCGGAUCACUAAUGAUGCAAUGAGGUCACAUGAUUACUACCAGAGCUCUAUAGCAUUUGGUCCAUAUAGUGUCUACUGGCGCACCUUGAGGCGGAUAUGUACCUCUGAGCUCUUUGCAAAUAAGAGGCUCAAUGAAACGAUGAUGAAUAGGCAAAAAAGCGUGGAUGAAAUGUUGCUAUGGAUCCAGAAGGAAGCAGAAAGAGGUACUAGUGGAAUCAUAGUUCGACAUUAUGUGUUUCCAGCAUUGUUCAACAUGAUUGGGAAUGUCACGCUGUCUCAGGACCUAGUGGAUCCACAGUCGAAGACCUCCUCUGAUUUUGGCAUCGCGUUGGAUGGUUUCCAUCAAUGUCUAGGCCGUCCCAAUAUAUCUGAUCUGUUACCCUGGCUAAGAAGGUUCGACCUCCAAGGAAUAAGGAGGAAAAUGGAUCAAGAUUUAGGAAAAUGCCUAGAAAUUAUUUCAGUAUUCGUCAAGGAGCGUGUGAAGCAGAGGCAACUACAAGAAUCAUCACAACAGAGGCAACUACAAGAAUCAUCACAACAGGACUUUUUGGAUGUGUUGUUAGAUUACAGGGGCAGUGGAAAUGACGAACCAGCUAAACUAUCAGAAUUCCAAGUCACAAUUUUUCUAAUGGAAAUGUUUAUUGCUGGAACGGAUACAACAAGCAGCACGACUGAGUGGGCGCUGAGUGAGCUCUUACAAAAUCCUGAGCAAAUGAAGAGAGUUAAAGCUGAGAUUUCCAGUGUCGUUGGAGCAAACAAACAACUGAAAGAGAGCGACACUGAUAAGCUACAUUAUCUGCAGGCCAUUGUGGACGAGACACUACGCCUGCACCCUCCUGCUCCAAUUUUACUUCCCAGAAAGGCGGUCCGAGAGACCAACUUCAUGGGCUAUACUAUUCCCAAGGACACACAAGUCUUAAUCAAUAACUGGGCAAUAGGGAGAGACAAAGAUUUAUGGGAGGAUCCUUUGUCAUUUAAGCCUGAGAGGUUCUUGGACUCGAAGAUCAACUACAAGGGUCAGAAUUACGAGUUUUUACCAUUCGGAGCAGGGAGAAGAAUUUGCCCGGGCCUUCCAUUGGCUCAUCGCAUGGUACCCUUAGUUCUAGGCUCCCUACUUCACCACUUUGAGUGGGAGCUUUGUGAUGGUGUGAAGACUAUUGACAUGAGGGAGACUCUGGGGUCAGCAUCGAAAAAACUAGAACUCUUACGAGCAGUUCCAAAACGAAAGAUGACUUAAUAGUAGUUACUAAAGCUUAUAAGCUGGUUUUUUGGAACAGGCCAGAUGAAAUAAAGUCAGGUAAGGUAGUUUGGAAACAAGCAAAAAUAAAGACAGUUGAGGUACUGGAUUUGUGAUUGUUGUACUAUCUUGUUUGAUGAUUGAGUAUUAUGUUCGUGUCGGACACUCGACACUUCCACC